CUCGUCCUCCCUUUUUUUUUGAUAUAUAUGGAGUGGAUUUAUUUGGGAAGGGGCGGGAGAGGGACAGAGCGGCUCACCUGUUGAAGUGUAUCUGUUGGAAGUUGUGACAGCUGUGAUCCUGUGUGUGUGUGUGUGUGUGGGAGCUGCCCGGUGUUGAACUGCCCUCCACAACAGCGCUGGUUCGAGCUGAGCUGGACACUGGCUCUGAAGCCAGCGGCUCCUACAUCCACCUCCGAUGGCAGAAGCUGGGCGUCCCGAGAGUGCGAGAGACGACUCGGCCGGGGAUGAGUUCAACGAGAUCAUUAAAACUCGAACGGAUGAAAGAGAAGAUGUCCAAAAGAAAACAUUCACAAAAUGGAUAAAUGCACAAUUUGCCAAGGCUGGGAAACCUUUGAUUGAAGAUCUGUUCACUGACCUACGUGAUGGAAGAAGGCUUCUGGAACUUCUGGAGGGUUUUGUUGGCCAUGAAUUAGCAAAAGAAAAGGGAUGCACAAGAGUUCACUCCCUGAACAAUGUCAACCGAGCUCUACAAAUUUUGCAAAAGAACAAUGUGGAUUUGGUAAAUAUCGGUGGAAGUGACAUAGUGGAUGGAAAUCAUAAACUUACCCUUGGCUUGAUCUGGAGUAUCAUCCUUCACUGGCAGGUAAAAAAUGUUAUGAAAGGCAUCAUGGCUAACCUGCAGCAGACCAAUAGUGAGAAGAUUCUGCUGAGCUGGGUACGUCAGUCCAUCCAUAACUACAGACCGGUUAAUGUCGUCAAUUUCACAUCCAGCUGGUCCGAUGGCUUGGCUUUCAACGCACUCAUCCACAGUCACAGACCUGACCUCUUUGAUUGGAAGGAUGUGGCAAAACUACAGUCAGCAAAUGAGAGACUGGAUCAUGCCUUUAACGUGGCCAAACAGCAUCUUGGCAUUGAGAAGCUGCUGGAUCCUGAAGACGUUGCAACUGCACACCCAGACAAGAAGUCCAUCAUUAUGUACAUCACGUCGCUCUUCCAGGUUCUGCCCCAGCAAGUAACCAUUGAAGCCAUCCAGGAGGUUGAAACUCUGCCACGACAGCCAAAGGUCACUCAGGAAGAACAAAGAGAGAUGCAGCAAAAGCAGCAUUUCUCCCAACAGAUCACAGUCCAUGUGCGCACUCCUUCACCUUCUAAACGCUACAAAAGCUAUGCCUACACACAAGCCGCUUACGUUAUGUCUCCUGACCAAAAGAUGGACCUCCAUCCAAAGCUCUCAGAACCCUCAGCAGAGAAGCUAGCUGGAAGCUUACUGAUGGAAGCGGAAGUAGACCUCGAUAGUUACCAGACUGCAUUAGAGGUGGUACUAACCUGGCUGCUUUCAGCUGAGGAUUCAUUGCAGGCUCAGCGCAAGGUCUCUGAUGAUGUGGAGGAGGUCAAGGAACAGUUUCAUGCCCAUGAAGGUUUUAUGAUGGAGCUAACAGCACAUCAAGGUAGUGUGGGUAACAUUCUACAGGCUGGGAACCAGCUAAUAGCGGAAGGAAAAUUAACAGAAGAUGAAGAAAGUGAAAUUCGGGAGCAGAUGAACUUGCUGAACUCCCGGUGGGAAAAUCUCAGGGUAGCCAGCAUGGAGAGACAAAGCAAGUUACACGAAGUACUCAUGGAUCUUCAGCAACAGCAACUGAAGCAGUUAGCUGAUUGGUUAACAAAUACCGAGGACAGAAUUCACCAAAUGGAGGCACAACCCCUUGGUCCAGAUCUGGAAGCUUUAAAACUACAAGUGGAAGAACACAAAGUACUUCAGGAGGACUUGGAGCAAGAACAAGUACGUGUCAACUCUUUGACACAUAUGGUGGUGGUCGUUGAUGAGAGCAAUGGUGAUAAUGCCACUGCUGCUCUGGAGGAAGAGCUCCAGAUUCUUGGAGAGAGAUGGGCAGCUAUAUGCAAAUGGACUGAAGAGCGUUGGGUAUUAUUGCAAGAGAUACUUUUUAAAUGGCAGUACUUCACUGAAGAACAGUCCCUGUUUGAUGCAUGGUUGAUGGAGAAAGAAGAAUCGGUGGAAAAGAUUCAGACAACUGGUUUCAAAGACCAGAAUGAGAUGGUUGCUAAUUUGCGAAAGUUAGCGAUUCUGAAAGGAGAGCUGGAGUUGAAACGACAGAUCAUGGAUAAGCUUUGUGCCCUCAGUCAGGAUCUCCUUGCGACAUUGAAAAAUAAGGUUGUAGCUCAGAAGUUACAGGCACGGCUUGAGGAAUUUGCUCAACGUUGGGAUGAUCUUGUCCAAAAACUGGAGAACAACUCCAAACAGAUGUCACAGUCUGUCACUACAACUCAGACGUCAUUAACACAGACCAUGCUAAUGGAAACUGUAACCAUGGUUACCACCAAAGAAAAGAUUUCAGUAUCGCCGAAAGAGGAACUUCCCCCUCCUCCCCCUCCUAAGAAGAGGCAAGUGCUCUUGGAUUCUGAGCUCAGGAAAAGGUUUGAUGUUGAUACAACAGAGCUACACAGCUGGAUGACUCGAUCAGAAGCUAUCCUUCAAAGUCCAGAGUUUGCAAUCUAUCGGAAAGAAGGAAGUAUCUCUGAUCUUCAGGAAAAAGUUAAUGCUAUCGAGAAGGAGAAACCUGAAAAGUACAGAAAACUGCAAGAUGCCAGCAGAUCAGCUCAAGCACUGGUGGAACAGAUGGUGCAUGAGGGGAUCUCAACUGCUGAUGACAUCAAACAAGCUUCAGAACAACUGCAAAACCGCUGGGAGGAAUUUUGUCAACUGUUGGUGGAGAGGAUGGAUUGGCUGCAAUAUCAGAGCAAGAUCAUUACUGUCUCUUCCCAGCUGCAGCAGCUUGAUCAAGCUGUGGUCUCAGCGGAGAACUGGCUGAAAAUACAGCAACCACCGGCCACAGAGUCAGAUACUGCAAAGGUCCAAUUGGAGAAAUGCAAGGAGGAAAUCUCGAGAUUGACAGCACUGCAGCCAUUGGUUCAUAAGCUGACAGAACAAGGAGCUGAGUUAAAACAGAAGGAAGAGGUGCCCAAAUCUUUAACGGCUGAUAUCAAGGCCUCUACCAAUCAUUAUGACCAAGUUCUUAAAGCUCUGCAGGCUGAAGACAAACUGUUGAACUCCCUUUUGAAAAGCCUGCCAACAGUUCGCUAUAAGGAGACAAUAAAAACCUUGGGUCUGUGGAUGCAACAAACUGAAGCCAAGUUAACUGUCCCCCGUGUCACAGUCACAGAAUAUGAAAUUAUGGAACAACGACUCAAGGAACUAAAAGUUUUACAAGGCUCUUUCCAGGAGCAGCAGAGUGGCCUGAAUUAUUUGACUACAGCUGUGGAAGAGGUGUCCAAAAAGGCUCCUGCAGAAGUUAGUCAGAAAUAUCGAUCAGAGCUUGAGGGAAUUAUUGGCCAUUGGAAGAAAUUGAGCAUUCAUUUGAUGGAACAAAGCCAGAAACUUGAGGAACUCAUGACAAAGGUUCAGCAGUUUCAGAAUGACACAAAAACUUUAAAGAAAUGGAUGACAGAAGUGGAAGUUUUCCUAAAUGAAGAAUGGCCUGCCCUUGGUGAUUCAGAGGCACUUGAGAAACAGUUAGAGCAAUGUACCGCUUUAGUGAAUGACAUUCAAACAAUCCAGCCCAGCUUAAAUGGUAUCAAUGAUGUGGGAGAAACCUUAAAAGGCCAGGCUGAGCCCACCUAUGUGGGAAAAUUACAGACUGAACUGUCGGAACUGAAUGCAUGUUGGGAGAAUAUCUGUAAACAGGCAUACGUCAAAAAGGCUGCAUUGAAAAGUGCACUGGACAAGACAAUGAGUCUCAGGAAAGACCUGUCCGAGAUGCAAGAAUGGAUAGCACAAGCUGAAGAGGAAUACUUAGAGAGAGAUUUUGAAUACAAAACUCCUGAGGAGCUCAAAAAGGCUGUGGAAGAACUCACGCGAGCCAAGGAAGAAGUGUCACAGAAAGAGGUGAAGGUGAAGCUCCUGAGUGAAGGUGUUAACAGUUUCAUAGAGAAGGCUCCACCAGCAGCCCACGAAGCUUUGAAGUCUGAACUGGAUAUGCUGACGAGCAACUACCAGCGGCUUUGCAGCAGACUGAAUAGAAAAUGCAAGACUCUUGAGGAGGUGUGGUCAUGUUGGUGUGAGUUACUGUCCUAUCUGGAGGCAGAAAACCUGUGGCUUGAUGAACUGCAGCUUAAACUCCAGGAAACAGAGAACCUACAGGGUGGUGCAGAAGAGAUUUCUGAGGCACUUGAUUCCCUGGAAAAUGUUAUGCGUCACCCAGAAGAUAAUCAAAAUCAAAUCCGUGAGUUGGCACAGACACUGACUGACGGUGAGAUCCUGGAUGAACUGAUCAAUGAGAAGCUGGAAACAUUCAAUACUCGCUGGGAGGAACUCUUACAACAGGCUGUAAGAAGACAGAAAGUCCUUGAACAGAGCAUUCAAUCAGCCCAGGAGACGGACAAAACCCUUCGUUUAAUCCAAGAAUCUCUUGCAUUGAUUGACAAACAGCUAACGUCAUACAUUGCUGACAGAAUUGAUGCAGCCCAGGUCCCUCAAGAAGCUCAGAAAAUCCAGUCAGAAUUGACCAGUCACGAGAUCAGUUUGGAGGAAAUGAAGAAAAGGGUCCAGAGUCCUGAAGCUGUUGAUCAGAGCAAAUCUGCUGGGAGAGUUCUUUCUCAGAUCGACAUAGCACAGAAGAAGCUGCAGGAAGUUUCUACAAAGUUUCGCUUAUUCCAGAAACCAGCAAAUUUUGAGCAACAUCUAUUGGAGUGUAAAAGACUCUUGGAUGAGGUGAAAACAGAUGUACAUGUACUGGAGAUGAAUAGUGUGGAACCUGAGAUUGUCCAGUCCCAACUUGACCACUGUAUGAAAUUGUAUAAGAGUCUGAGUGAGGUCAAGUCUGAUGUGGAAACAGUGAUUAAAACUGGACGUCAAAUUGUACAGAAACAGCAAACAGAGAAUCCCAAGGAACUGGACGAGAGGCUUACGGCUUUAAAAUUACAGUACAAUGACCUUGGAGCUCAGGUGACUGAAGGAAAGCAAGAGCUGGAGAAGUGUCUGAAAUUUUCCCGCAAGCUCAGAAAGGAAGUUAAUGCCUUGACAGAAUGGCUAGCGGCAACAGAUGCAGAACUGACAAGGAGAUCAGCCGUUGAAGGCAUGCCAACUAAUUUAGACACUGAAGUUGCCUGGAGUAAGGCUACACAAAAAGAUAUAGAAAAGAGACGGCUACUGCUCAACAGUAUUACUGAGACUGGCAAGAGUCUGAAGACAAUGUUAGGAAAGAGUGACAGUGUUGUGGAUGACAAACUUAGCCUGUUAAAUUGUAACUGGAUAGCAGUCACAUCACGGGCUGAAGAAUGGUUCAACAUUCUGUUGGAAUACCAGAAGCAAAUGGAAAAUUUUGAUCAGAAUGUAGCUCAAAUCACAGCCUGGAUGUAUCGUGCUGAAAUCUUGUUGGAUGAAUCUGAGAAACAGAAAGUUGGACAGAAGGAGGAAGUUCUGAAGCGUCUGAAGUCUGAACUCAAUGAUAUGAGACUGAAGGUGGAUGCGGUGCGUGACCAGGCCCUGGAGCUGAUGACAAACCGUGGAGAUCACUGCAGGGAGAUAGUGGAGCCCAAGCUUUCAGAGCUUAAUCAGAGGUUUGAUGCCAUCUCACACAGAAUAAAAACUGGCAAGCAACCAGUGCUAGAAUAUGUAUCUGUUUCCCCGUAUACAUUCCUGAUGGAUCCUGAUGAACUGAAAAACCAGAAGAGUUUUCUUGCUGUGCAGCAAAAGGUACAGCAGCAGCUUAAGCUUCUAGAAAGUCAUCAAAAAUCGACUGAUGGACUGAAAGAAACCUACCGACUGACUAGCUUAUCAACCGUUCGUUCAACUUCAACCUACGGUUCCUCUCUGCGUCCCUCUCUUUUUCCUGGCCCAUCUCAGGUAUCUCCAAAGGAGUUGGAACAGUUUGACACAAAUAUCCAGCUAAUGCUUGAAGAGUUGGAAGCAGAAAUACAACAAGGAGAGAAUCUGAAAGAAGGGGAUUUUGAGAAAGAGAUGAGUGAAGAUGAUGAGAGGAAAAUGAAUGAACUGGCAAAAAUGGGAGAAACAUUGCAGCAGAAUGUCACAAAUGAGAAGAAGCGAGAAGAAAUUCGAAUGAAGCAGCAGAUGUUGCAGGCUAAAUUUAAUAUUCUCAAGGAUUUAAGAUCAAUUCGAAGGAAAAAAGCACUGGAGAUUUCUCCACAUUGGUAUCAGUACAAGAAACAGGCUGACAAUCUUUUGCAGUGGUUGGAUGACAUUGAGAAAAGGUUAGCCAGGCUUCCAGAGCCCAAAGAUGUCCAGAAGAUGAAGGAGAUGGAUGCUGAACUGGAAGAGAAGAGGGGAGACCUGAAUGCAGUGUGCAGGCAAGCACAGAGCCUGUCAAAGAAAGGAGCUGCUAAGGCAUUGGAGUUGCAGCUGAUCCAGCUCAACAAACGCUGGAAUGACAUUGAGAGCAAAUUUGUUCAAUAUCGAAGGUUGAACUAUCCACAAAUUCAAAGUAUUAAGGAAGAGAGCAUUGUAACUGUGCUGACUGAAGGGAUGUUACCAGAACCCUCUUAUGUGCCUUCCACCUACCUGGUCGAGAUACGCCAGCUUCACCAAGCUGUGUGUGAUGUGGAGGCUCUGCUCCACUCCUCUGAGCUCCAAGUAAAGGUCUUUGAAGAUUUCUCCAAACAGGAUGCUUGCUUAAAGAACAUAAAAAGGAACUUGGAGAAGCUUUCAGGCAGAGUAGAAGCGGUUCACAGCAAGAAACCCGUGGCUCUUCAGAGCGUCCCUUAUACAGAAGCUGAACACAUACAGGAUGCAUUGGAUCAGCUUGAUGCGAAAUGGAACAGUGUAAACAAGAUGUAUAAUGAUAGAAAAACGAGGUUUGAGAGAUCUGUGGAGAAAUGGCGCACCUUCAAUUAUGAAAUGAAAGACCUGGCGAAGUGGAUGACGGAAGCAGAGCAGAUCCUGACUAACAUCAGGAUGGAUACUGAAAAUAUAGAGCCAGAGAAAACUAAACAGAAACUCAAGGAAUUACAGAAUGGAAUUGGAAGCCGGCAAAAUGUUGUCACAUCUCUGAAUGUAACUGGGGAGGAGAUUGCUGGAAAGUCAUCAGCAUCCGACGGUGCCAUCCUUCAGGAGAAGCUCAGCAGCCUGCACAGGCGUUGGCAGGAUAUCUGCAGACAAGUGGAUGAGAGAAAUAGAAGGUUAGAGGAGGAGAAACAUAUUUCAGAAUUGCACGAAGACUUGAAUGAAUAUCUCAGCUGGCUUGAAGAAGCAGAGAGCGUUGUGGGAAUAGACCUUCACCCUGGAAAUGAGCAGCAGCUAAGAGAUUCGUUGGAGAGAGUCAAGUUUCGCGUUGGUGAAAUUCCUCCACGGAAAGGGAAAUUGAAGCGAAUUAAUGAGAGUGGAGGAGUGGCACUCAAAAGUGCGACUCUGUUCCCAGACCAACGUUUUAAAUUGGAAACUGGUCUCUUGCAGGCCAACAAUCGUUGGACUAAGGUGUCAAGGAAUUUGCCUGAUAAACAAAACGAAAUAGAAGAGUUAUUGAAGGACUUUACACGGUUUCAACAGAAGCUGAACCUGCUAACUCUGUGGACCUCUUCUACAAAGGAUCAGUUGGAGUUGUACAAACAAGCACCAAUACCACAAGUCUUUAAUAUUAAGGAGGCAGAAGAAGGCGUAUUAGCCAAGCAGGCUGAUGUGGAAGGGAUUCUGUUAAAGGCUCAGCACUUCUCAAAGGAAAAGCCCAUCCCUCAACCAUUAAAGGGAAAAAUUGAAGACCUAAAUUUUGACUGGAAGAAGAUUAACACACUACUAUACGACCUGAAGCAAAGAUAUCAACCUAGUGUUCUUUCAACCACACAACAAACAGUUACCGUGGUGACUGAGACCCUCGUUACCACGGAUACUUCCGUCACCAAGUUCGACAUGCCUUCUUCUUUACUCAUGGAUGUUCCAGCUUUGGCCGACUUCAACAAGGCCUGGGUGGAGUUGACAGAUUGGCUUUCAUUGCUGGAUCGUGUGAUCAAGUCUCAACUCGUGACAGUGGGAGAUGUUGAGGAAAUCAAUGACAUGAUCAUAAAACAGAAGGCUACUCUGCAAGAUUUGGAUCAGAAACGCCCUCAGCUGGAUGAGCUCAUUACUGCAGCACAAAACCUGAAAAACAAGACAACUAAUCAGGAGGCGCGAGGAAUAAUUACAGAUCGCAUUGAAAAAGUUCAAAAUCAGUGGGAUGAAGUGCAGAACAGGUUACAGUCCCGCACUCAACAGCUACAAGAAAUGCUAAAGGAUUCCAACCAGUGGCUUGAAGCCAAGCAAGAGGCAGAGGAACUUUUAGAGAAAAUCAGAACCAAGCAAGCCUCCUGGAAGGAAGUUUCCUAUACCAUGGACAUACUAAUGAAGCAGAAUGCAGAUGUUAAGCAAUUCAUGAAGGAGCUGCGGCAGUGGCAGAGAAAUGUAGACAUAGCCAAUGAACUUGCACGGAAGCUUUUGCGGGAUUACUCAAUGGACAAUACCAGGAAGGUGGAACUGAUGGCAGACAACAUUAACGUUUCAUGGGCAGCCAUUAAUAAAAGGGCCGGUGAGAGGGAGGCUGCGCUGGAAGCAGCCCUCAGAUUGCUGCAGCAGUUCUAUCUGGAUUUGGACAAAUUCCGGGCCUGGCUUACAGAAGCGGAGACCACUGCCAAUGUCUUACAGGAUGCCACCUAUAAAGAAAGACUGUUGGAUGACACCCAGCUGGUUCGACAGCUGACUAAACAAUGGCAGGAUCUCCAAUCAGAAAUUGAUGCUCACACUGAUACUUAUCAUAACUUGGAUGAAAAUGGACAAAAAAUACUCAAAGGUCUGGAAGGUGCAGAGGAUGGGGUUCUGCUACGGAGACGUCUUGAUGACAUGAAUUUUCAUUGGACUGAGCUCAGGAAAAAAUCACUGAAUAUUAGAGCCUGUCUGGAAACGAGUGCUGAACAGUGGAAGCGGCUGCAUGUCUCUCUUCAGGACUUACUAGCAUGGCUAAAUUUGAAGAAUGAUGAGCUGACAAGACAAAAGCCUAUUGGUGGUGAUGUUCCUACUGUACAACAACAGAAUGAUGUUCACCGAACAUUCAGACGGGAGCUGAAGGCUAAGGAACCAGUGAUCAUGAGUGUUUUGGACACAGUGCGUCAAUUCUUGGCAGAUCAGACUAUCGAAGGACCUGAAAGUGUUUUGGCAUCACCGAAAGUGAGAACCCCUGAAGAGAAUGCACAGGCUGUUGCCAGAGUGAUUCGGAAACAUGCUGAGGAAGUAAAAUUAGAGUGGGAUAAGUUGAGCACUCGCUCUGCUGAUUGGCAGAAGCGUAUAGAUGAGGCCCUGCAGAGGCUCCUGGAAUUACAAGAUGCAAUGGAUGAAUUGAACCGCAAACUGAGACAGGCAGAGGCUACCAGAGAUACCUGGCAACCUGUGGGGGACCUGCUGAUAGACUCUCUACAGGACCAUAUUGAAAAAGUCAAGGCAUUCAGAGCAGAGAUCGCACCUUUGAAAGAGAAUGUAACCCACAUGAACGAUCUCGCCCGCCAGUUCACACCACCAGACAUCCAGCUUUCUCCAUACAAUCUAAACCAGCUGGAGGACCUGAAUACACGUUGGAAGCUCUUACAGAUAUCCAUAGAUGAACGCUUGAAGCAGUUGCAUGAAGCACAUAGAGAUUUUGGUCCUACAUCCCAACACUUCCUGUCCACUUCUGUCCAAGGUCCUUGGGAGCGAGCGAUAUCACCCAACAAAGUGCCCUACUAUAUCAAUGCAAAGACUGUGAUCGGAAGUAAACUAAGCCACCAGACCCAGACUACCUGCUGGGAUCAUCCCAAGAUGACAGAGCUGUAUCAGUCACUAGCCGAUCUAAAUAAUGUAAGGUUUUCUGCGUACAGAACAGCCAUGAAGCUACGUAGACUGCAGAAAGCUCUUUGCCUGGAUCUUCUCUCUCUGCCAAGUGCUUGUGAGGCUUUUGACCAGCACAACCUCAAGCAAAAUGAUCAACUAAUGGAUAUUUUGGAGAUAAUUAACUGCCUGACUUCAAUCUAUGAUCGACUGGAACAAGAACACAGUAACCUUGUCAAUGUGCCUCUCUGCGUGGACAUGUGUCUUAACUGGCUCCUCAAUGUUUAUGACACUGGUCGAACAGGGAAGAUUCGUGUGUUGUCCUUUAAAAGUGGCAUCAUGUCACUGUGCAAAGCACACCUGGAGGACAAGUAUCGCUAUCUGUUCAAGCAAGUGGCGAGUCCCACUGGAUUCUGUGAUCAGCGCAGGCUAGGGCUUCUAUUGCAUGACGCAAUUCAGAUUCCACGCCAGCUGGGAGAGGUUGCAUCAUUUGGAGGCAGUAAUAUUGAACCCAGCGUUCGAAGCUGCUUCCAAUUUGCCAACAACAAGCCAGAGAUUGAGGCAGCUUUGUUCUUAGAUUGGAUGAGGUUGGAGCCGCAGUCCAUGGUAUGGAUGCCAGUACUUCACCGAGUAGCAGCAGCAGAGACUGCUAAACACCAAGCCAAGUGCAAUAUCUGCAAGGAAUGUCCUAUCAUUGGAUUCAGGUACCGAAGUUUAAAGCACUUUAAUUAUGAUGUUUGUCAAAGCUGCUUUUUUUCUGGUCGUACGGCAAAAGGACAUAAAAUGCAUUACCCAAUGGUGGAAUACUGCACACCGACAACUUCAGGAGAAGAUGUCCGGGAUUUCGCCAAGGUAUUGAAGAACAAGUUCCGUACAAAGAGAUACUUUGCAAAGCAUCCCCGGAUGGGAUAUCUGCCAGUUCAGACAGUUCUGGAGGGGGAUAACUUAGAAACUCCUGUUACUCUGAUCAACUUCUGGCCAGUAGAUUAUGAACCUGCCUCAUCCCCUCAGUUGUCACAUGAUGAUACUCAUUCACGAAUUGAACAUUAUGCUAGCAGGCUAGCAGAGAUGGAAAACAGAAAUGGAUCUUAUUUGAAUGACAGCAUCUCACCCAAUGAAAGCAUAGAUGAUGAGCAUUUGCUGAUCCAGCACUACUGCCAGAGUCUGAACCAGGAGUCACCAUUGAGUCAACCUCGGAGCCCUGCUCAAAUUCUCAUCUCAUUGGAGAGUGAAGAACGAGGAGAACUGGAAAGAAUUCUCGCUGACCUAGAAGAUGAAAACAGAAACCUUCAGUCUGAGUAUGAGAGGCUGAAGCAGCAGCAUGAUCGCAAAGGCCUGUCCCCCUUGCCGUCUCCUCCUGAAAUGAUGCCCAUCUCACCACAAAGUCCCAGGGAUGCCGAGCUCAUUGCUGAAGCCAAACUGCUUCGUCAGCACAAAGGUCGCCUUGAGGCCAGGAUGCAGAUCCUGGAAGAUCACAACAAGCAGUUGGAAUCCCAGCUACACAGGCUGAGGCAGCUUCUGGAGCAGCCACAGACAGAGGUCAGAGUAAAUGGUACUACAGUCUCCUCCCCUUCUACUUCCUCACAAAGAUCAGACAGCAGUCAGCCAGUGCUACUUCAUGGAGUUGGCAGUCAGACUUCAGGAGCAAUGGGUGAGGAUGAAUUGCUGAGUCCUCCCCAAAGUACAAGUACUGGAUUGGAGGAAGUGAUGGAGCAACUCAACAAUUCCUUUCCAAGCUCCCGACAGAGGGAUGUCUCUGGAAAACAAGUGAAAGAGGUAACAAUGUAGGCAGUCUCUUCCAUAUGGUAGAUGACCUGGGCCGAGCAAUGGAAACCUUGGUGACGGUUAUGACCGAUGAUGAGACAGCAGAGUAACCAGAUGUGCUUUAUCACAACAUUGGCUUCAGAUGUCAAGCAUGGUUUUUAUAUGUUCAUAAAAAAAAAUAAAUGGAUUGGACCGUACAGGUUUACAAGUUAAAAAAAGAAAACAUCUAUUUUUUUGUGAAAGGUAGUGGUAAUAUACCGUAGAUUUCAGUAGUUUCCUAAGUCUGUUAUUGUUUUGUUAACAAUGGCAGGUUUUACAGUUCUAUGCAAUUGUACAAAAGAAUAGAAUGAAAACAUAUAAAAUCUUGGUAGCUACGUACCUUGCCAUUUCUUUUUAUGGAGCGUGUUUCGGAUUGUUAAAUUUGUAACAAUUAUGAAGAUUGUUCACUAAAAGGGUGCUUUCUUACAAAAUAUACAUAAUUUUAUUGUUUAUAAACUCCCAUCCCCAGAAGAAGACAGUUUUGAAAUUGUAAGAGUUAAUGCAUUUGUCUUUGCAAAAUAAUAGCUCUAAUCAUAUCAAUGAAAAUGUUCAUGAUCAGUGUUGUUCUUUUUUUCUUCUUAAUUAGUAAAAUAUUGUAGCACAUAGCAGUACCAAAACUCUCUAUCUGACAUUCAUUCCCAAAGCCCCAUUUUCUUUUAAUGAAACACCAGAAACGAAUUGCUACAUCUCCCAAGAAGUCAUAAUCACUUAAGCAUUGCAAUCAUACAUUAGAGAGCUCUAAUUUGUUCAAUAUUAGAGAUUUUAUCUACAAAGGAGAGUCAUUAAUUACCACGUUAUUUCUACCUCAUUUUCUUGUUUUUUGGAUAAAUUUAACAGAUUAAACAAAUUUAGUUGUCAUUUGAAACGAUUAUGAUUAAAAUUAAAAGAUACAUUAAAUAUUACAGUAGACUUCAGAAAAUAAAUCUCACAAAUUGCCUCUACAUUACGGAACAGAAAUUUUUGAGAGCAUACGUGGUUGUUUGCAGUUGCAUUAUCUUUCUAAAGCAACCUUGAACCAACUUUUUUUAAGACAUCAUCAGUUUUCUAAUCCAUUUAAAUAAGGUACAAACUAAAGGUUAGUUUACUACAGAUGUUGCUGCUAAUCUAGGUAUUUGCUUGCAGCAACUGUGUUCUCAGUUGUGAUUUCAUUAAAUAGAAUAUUAGUUUUUUGGGGUGAGUCAGAAAAAAACAGAUGCAAAAUAUGAAUUACUGUUACCUUAAAAGAAUCACAAGAAACAUUUGAGUUCACUUUGUAUGACCUGAAUGUAUUUGACUAUGGAAGUAAUCAGUAUAACUUGGUGCAUAAAUAUCACUAGGGCAUGUUAAGUCAUUUUAACCAGUAUUGUUUGUUAUUCAAAUAUCAUCAUAAUAUAUUGCAUUAUGUUAACAUCUUCACAUAUACUAAUUGUUUUGUAAAGUAUAUUUUCCUGCAUAAUCAUCACAUACCAAGUUCCACACAAUAUAUGCCUUACUAUUGUAUUAUAUAUUGCUUUACUGUGUAUACAAAUAAAGCACGCAGUUAUAUUA